CCCGCGGUUUCCUCUCGGCGCGGCCGCGAGCGCCCGGCGGCACCCGGCCCCGCCACCAUGUUCAGGCGGAUCCUGCAGCGGACUCCGGGCAGAGUUGGGUCUCAGAGCUCGGAUUCCGAUUCAUCUGCCGCUCCAGGAAAUGCCGUGGAUGUGAACAAUGAGGGCUCCUCUGAGGGCUUCAUCUGUCCACUCUGUAUGAAAGUGUGUGUAACUCCUACUGAUCUGUCUGAACAUUACCAGAAUGAACACAUGGGGACAGAAGGAAGACAGGAGCUUCGUGACAUUCCAGCUGUUACUGGAUUUAUCUGUCCCUUGUGUAUGAAGUCUCAUGGAUCAGCUGAGGAGCUGUUCAAGCAUUAUGAAGCAGUUCAUAAUUCUGGCAUCGAUUCAACUUGUGGAGGGGAAGGUCACCUGUCAUCAGAAAGAGAUGAAGUAUCACUGCUCCGACAAGAAGUACAAGACUUGCAAGCUUCGCUGAAGGAGGAAAGAUGGUAUUCAGAAGAGCUGAAGAAAGAACUAGAGAAAUUGCAGGGGCAGCGGCAGCAAGAUUCAAAGUCUGAUGGAUUGACGACAUCUACAUCUACAGAAUCAUUAGAACGGCAACUAGAAGAGAUCCAAGUAGAAAAUUUUAAUAUUAAGCAAAUGAAAGACUUAUUUGAGCAAAAAGCAGCACAACUGGCCACUGAAAUUGUGGAUCUUAAAGCAAAGUAUGAUGAAGAAAUCAGCCUUCGGGAAGGUGCAGAACAGAAAAUGACAAACCUAACACAGGAACUACUGAAGGAGAGGAGUACCAUAGAAGACUUAAAGACAGAGCUGCUACAAAGGCCUGGUGUGGAAGAUGUGGCUGUUCUUAAAAAGGAACUAGUCCAAGUUCAGACACUGAUGGACAAAAUGACUUUGGAACGUGAGAGAGAAUCUGAAAAGCUGAAAGAUGAGUGCAAGCACUUGCAGGCAGAGCAGGCAAACUCAGAGGCUACCAUUAAUCAGUUAAGAGCUGAACUUGCCAAAGGACCUCAGGAGGUAGCUGUAUAUGUUCAGGAGCUGCAAAAACUUCAAGGUUUAGUCAAGGAGCUAGAACAGAAAAACCAGAAUCUGACUGAGAAGCUGCUGAAGAAGGAGCAGGAGUACAGCCAGCUAGAAGAAAAACACAAUGAGCUAUCUGUGAGUAAAAAGAAUGUUCAGGCAAGCUUUCACCAGAAAGACCUGGAUUGCCAACAGCUUCAGGCAAAGCUGUCUGCAUCAGAAGCCUCGAUACAGAGAUUACAGACAGAGCUAGGUGAGAAGGGAGAAGCAAGCCAGAAGCUUAAAGAAGAAUUGUCCGAAGUAGAGACAAAGUACCAGCAUCUUAAGGCAGAAUGUAAACAGCUCCAGCAGCAGAGAGAGGAAAAAGAACAGCAUGGCUUGCAGCUCCAGAGCGAGCUCAGUCAGUUGCAUAGUAAGCUUCUAGAAACAGAGCGCCAGCUGGGGGAAGCACAUGGGCGGCUUAAGGAGCAGAGGCAGCUCUCUAGUGAAAAGCUGAUGGACAAAGAACAGCAGGUGGCUGAUCUUCAGUUGAAGCUUUCUCGUGCUGAAGAACAGCUAAAGGAAAAGGUGGCAAAUUCCACAGAAUUGCAGCAUCAAUUAGAUAAAGCAAAACAACAGCACCAGGAACAGCAGACGCUUCAACAAAACACGACAUCAAAACUACGAGAAGCCCAGAAUGAUUUGGAGCAAGUACUACGACAAAUUGGAGAUAAGGACCAAAAAAUUCAAAAUCUUGAGGCCUUGCUUCAAAAGAGUAAGGAAAAUAUCUCUCUGCUAGAAAAGGAAAGAGAGGAUUUGUAUGCCAAAAUUCAAGCUGGUGAAGGAGAAACUGCAGUUCUUAACCAGCUACAGGAGAAAAAUCACGCACUGCAAAUACAGGUAACUCAGCUGACAGAAAAGCUGAAGAAUCAAUCAGAAAGUCAUAAGCAAGCCCAAGAGAAUUUGCAUGAGCAAGUUCAGGAGCAGAAGGCACAUCUAAGAGCUGCUCAAGACCGUGUGCUCUCUCUGGAAGCCAAUAUCACUGAGUUGAGCAGUCAGCUUAAUGAAAGUAAAGAGAAAGUAUCACAACUUGAUGUACAGGUAAAAGCAAAAACUGAAUUGCUGCUUUCAGCAGAAGCAUCAAAAGCUGCUCAAAGAGCAGACCUUCAGAAUCAUCUGGACACUGCCCAGCAUGCACUGCAAGACAAGCAACAGGAGUUAAAUAAGGUCAGUGUUCAGUUGGAUCAGGUUACGGCUAAGCUGAAUGACAAGCAGGAAUACUGUGCUCAGCUGGAAGCCAAUCUCAAAGACUACAAAGAGCAACAUCUUUAUUUAGAACAGAAAACCGAAGAGCUAGAGGGACAGCUUAAGAAACUUGAGGCUGACGUUCUUGAUGCUAAAGCAAGCAAAGAACAAGCUCUUCAGGAGUUACAGCAGCAACGACAGCAAUCUACAGGAUUAGACCUCCGAAUAGCAGAGCUGAGUAAACAACUUGAAGCAGAAAAAGAAGCUAUGUCUAGUGCUAAAUUGGAUUUACAGAAGAAAUCUGAGGCCCUUGAACAAGCAAAACAGCAAAUUUCAAAGCAAGAGGAGGAAAAUGCCAGCCUCAAAAGAAAUCUCGAGAAAUCAAGUCAAGAUAGAAGUAAACAACUCAAGGAAUUAGACUGUAAAAUGCAAGCAGCAACAUCAGAGCUGCAACAGGUGAAAUUAGAGAAGGAUACUCUGCUAAAGGACCUUACAGCUACCAAAGAGAAACUCUCAAAAAGUUCUGAAUCCUUCAAAAAAAGGAAGGAAGAAUUAGAAAAAGAAAUAGAAAAAGGAAAAGCAGCUGUAGCAGAAAUGGAAAAAUCUUACCAAGAAGUAAAACAGCAGCUCCAGGUACAGACAGAGUCUGUAGCUAAAGAGAGGAAUGAAUUGAAAAACUCACUGGAAAAAAAGGAGGGGAUUUCUAAGCAAUUGUCGAUAGAACUUGACUCAACACGAGCGCAAGUACUGGAAAUUCAGGGUCUUCUGAAAGAGAAAGAGAACAGUGAGCAGCAUCUUCAGGGAAAGCUGAGAGAGAUAAAGGAAUCUUUUGAGCAGAAGAAAAAGCAUAGUGAAACACUGCAAGCUGAAUUAAAAACUGCCCUUUUAGAAAAGGCAGAACUGGAGAAUAAACUGCAACAGCAGACUAUUUUGUCAGCUCAGGAGCUUAAAGCAGAGAAAGGAAAACUAGCAGACUUACAGAAGACCCAUGAAAAAAAUAAGGAAAACAUGGAAAAGCUGCAACUGGACCUGUAUGGGAAAGAGUCUGAGCUGUUGGCAACCAGGCAAGACCUUAAGUCCACAGAAGAAAAACUGGCUCUUGCUCAAGAAGAAUUAGUUUCCAGCAGAAAUCGAAUUGCCAGCAAUAAUCAGCAGAUUCAGGAACUGAAGAAAGCAAAGUCAAUGCUGGAACAGGAUGCAUCAAAGAAGGAGCAGCAACUGGGCGAGAAGACCAAAAUGCUACAGGAUCUUCAGAAUGAGAGGAUUUUGAAAGAAAAAGACUUAGCUAAUGAAAAAUGUAAAACAACAGAGCUCCAGGAAAUAAGGAAUAGACUUGAAAAAGAAAGUGCCAAGCUGAACGAAGAGCUUAGAAUCUGCAAGCAAGAAUUUGAGAAGGAGGUGGCAAAUCUCAAGGAUGCGAAACAGCUACUGAUUCAACAGAAAUUAGAGCUUCAGGGCAAGAUAGAUAAUAUGAAUACAUCCCUGGAACAGGAGAAGAAAAACCAACAAGCUGUCAAAGAUCAGCUGAAAAAGAGAGAAGAGGAACUGAAGAAAGAAUGUGCUGAAAUUGAAGCCAAACUGCACUCAGAGGUGAAAGAGAAAGAAGAAGAAAACCGGAAACAUGAGGAGAAGGAGACCAAGCUCACCAUGCAGGUCACAGCUCUGAAUGAAAACCUGGCUACCAUGAAGAAAGAGUGGCAAAGCAGUCAGAGACGAGUUAGCGAACUGGAGAAACAGACAGACGAUUUACGUGGGGACAUUGCUGUCUUGGAAGCAACUGUGCAGAAUAAUCAGGAUGAGAGAAGAGCAUUGCUAGAGAGGUGUAUAAAAAGUGAGGGAGAAAUUGAAAAGCUUCAAUCCAAACUUGUAGAAAUGAAGAAAAAGCUGGACAACACUACUGCUGCAAUGCAGGAGCUAGGCCGAGAAAACCAGUCAUUACAGAUCAAACACACCCAAGCUCUCAACAGGAAAUGGGCAGAAGACAACGAGGUACAGAAUUGUAUGGCCUGUGGAAAAGGCUUUUCAGUGACAGUGAGAAGGCAUCACUGUAGACAGUGUGGAAAUAUCUUUUGUGCUGAGUGCUCAGCAAAGAAUGCCUUAACUCCUUCUUCUAAGAAGCCUGUCCGAGUCUGUGAUACUUGCUUUAAUGACUUGCAAGGAUAACUGGUGUGAGUGACAAAGAAAUGUUACACUAAAAUUUAUAAUUUCUGUUGAUGCACUUCAUUCAGCACUCAGACUACUACUCAGUUUGGACAAUGAUUGUAACACUUGGCAAAAUUUAGUAUAUUUUAAAAUGUUUAUUGAUACCAAGUAAAACUAUUGUAUUUUUUGUGAGAUAUGGGCUCAGAUCACCCAAGCUUAUUGCCGUCUAUCCUGGAAAGAGCUUCUAUGUCUAGAUUAGAAAUACCCAGUUAUUUGUAAAUAAAGUUUAAACAGAGGAGUAACAAUGUAUUUUUUUAUCUUUAUUUUUUUUUUUCAAGAGAAAAUGCAUUUAUGUGAUACUGCAGUUUAUUCUUGUUUCCUUCAAUGGAAAAGGAAGAUGCAAAAACUUGUGAGGAUUUUGUGUAUCAAAUGUUGCUGUAAUAGCAUAACUCAUUGUUGCAUUUAAUUGUGUAUCUGAUGGUCUUUAUAACCCCUUGUAGUUUUGUUUUCUUUCUCUCUGGUUUUUGGACUUUUCUCUUUAAAGUUUGAACUCCACAGUGAGGGUUAAAUGGCUGGAAUCAACUCUCAGUUUUAUUUGCCCACUUAGAAUUUGUAGUAUCAGCACCUGAGUUCUUACCCAACUGCAGGACUUGGAUACUGGAAUAUCUUUAUGCAUACUGUACUGCAUAGUAUGCGUGUGUAUGCAUGAACAAAUGAUGAGACCAAGUUUAGUGGGCAUUGUAGGAACAUUACACAAAGCUCUCCCACAUGGACUGAUUUCACUUUUACAUAUUUGAUGAAUUGAUUUUAAUAUUUCAGAAACCCUUUACAUGCAGGUUUUAAAAAACAGACAGUGUGGAUAGUAGCCUGUAGUCCAUUUGUCACCAUGCCCAUACUCUGGAAGCUCCAGGAAGUCCUUGUGGUUCUGAGGCAUGUUCUGAAAUUCCACACUAGGAAUCCUAUUUAAGAAAACUCUCUUCAGAGGGUGCUGCAGUUAAGCUGAACUUUUCUCCUGUCUCUUCCUUCACCUUUGGUGGAAAAAGCUGAAUACCUGGUACUCCUAACAGACCUCAUUUUUCCAUUGUUCCAUCUGUUCCCUGUUGCUGAGGGUUCUUAAAUUGUAUGCUAGUUCUAUGAUUUACACUGCUUAGAAUGAUGAUGCAAAUCUCCUGGUGCUGGCUUAGCUUUCAGCCAAACAGCUUUAAAUAAGCAGGUAGAUACAUACAGAUUUAGAUCAUAGAUUCAUUGAAUUGCUUGGGUUGAAAGGGACCUUUAAAGACAACUAACUACUCCAACCCCCUUGCAAUGGCCACUAAAUCAGGUUGCUCAAAAUCCUAUCUGACCUGACUUUGAACAUUCCCACUGAUGGGGCAGCCCCAGCUUCUCUGGGCAAUCUUUUCUGGUGUUUACCACUCUUUGUUUGUUCAGAUUUCACUUUUCUGUACUAGCAACAGAGGUUUCCUGAACAGAGGUUCCUGUAAAUUCCAAAUCUUUUUCUUGUGUUUUUCUCUAUACUUGCGUUUUUUUCCUGCCUGUGUCUAACUGUGCCUCUCUUUGAAAUAAUUGUCUGGUGUUGGGCCUCCAAACUAUUAAUAUUAUUUCUUCUGAGCUAAGGUUAUCUCUUUUGAUACUUAGAGCUCCUUUGUCUUGAAUACUCUAAUAAAUUCCUUACAACCCAAGCCAUUCUCUGUCUUAAAAAAUUGUGCUGGCUGUUCGGAGAUAAGGAAUAUGCCCUCAGUUUUUCUACUCUUUGCCUCCCAAGGUAAAGAAACAAAUUCUGUUACAGUGGUGGACAGUUAGCCAUCUUUCACAGAAUCACAGAAUGUCCUGGGUUAGAAGGGACCUCAAGGAUCAUGAAUCUCCAAACCCCCUGCCACAUGCAGGGCAAUCUUUAGGUUGCCUUGUUUACUUUUAUGUACUGACAGCUCUGUAUGUGAAUGAAGAAGAGACUUUUGUGAAAAAUGUCCAGUCCUGACUCUGAAAUGAAAAGACUUCUUAAUCCCUCUUCCCCAGUAGUGAUCUAUGUUUCUUAUGUAGUUACCUAGUUCUAAAUUUGCAUCCUCAAGGAUUCUUUCUCAACAAGUUUUAUUAUUUCCCAAAAGCCAGCUGAGUUAGUUAACUGGUUCUUGCAACUGUAGAAGGGCUUGGAAUUAAAAGCAUGAUAACAUGAAAUACUUACCAACUUUUCUAGUUUGAACUUGAGAGUUGCUUGCUUGAAAGAGACUGUUGCUGCAUUCAUUCCGUAUGAACAGAUCUUCUGGACUUGCUGCAUCUCCUUGUUGUUGCAACUGCUCAAAAUAAGAAUUCUUUGAAUAGAAAGUAAGAACAGAAUUUUGCCUCUGGUAAUUUCUUCUAUUUAUUUAUUAACUGAGGGAAUCUAGAAUGUUUGCUUUCAAGCCUUUCUUUGUCUGUCAGGUGACUUCAGAAAUCUGGUGAAGGUAAAGAGAUUGGAGUGGUGCUCUAGUGUAGGUCUGGUUGUGAAACAGAUGGAGCCUGGUGCUGCUUUCAGGGCAAAGGGCAAACACAUUAAACAGAAGGGAUUUUAAGAGUGAAGGGCGAAGCCUCCCACAACUGCAUGAAGGAUAAAAUGUAUGUGGUAGAUGAAGAUGGAAAUCUCUCAAGGGAGCAGGGGAAGUGGUUAAAAGACUCACUUGUGUUCAGAUGUUUUACUUUGUGUGUGGGGAUGUUUGAAACCUGAGGAGUUGGCUCUACAGUAAGGAGAAAAUGGUAGAAGUUGUAAUAGAGUUGUUCUUGAUUUAACCUUUUGCAGUGCUUUUGUGUAAAGGUGAGCGAAGUCACCUCACUCAGCUGGCUGCUGAAGCAGCGUGUUUGGUUGACCCCAGGAUAACUCUUGAUGUGGAGUUCCCCAUCUUCAGGGUGAAACCAUCUUUUUCUUUUUGAUUUUGGUUGCUUUUUGAUGACCGAUGACUUUUUGAGGGGACAUAAAUGUUUUUCAAAUACAUAUUUGCAGAAAAAUGAAUUGUUAAAAUCAGGAGGAACAGUGGGGCAGAAGCCUUCAUGCUUGAGGACUGAGUCUACAGCAAAGUUGGGAGUUCUACAGCUUUUCACUAGAGUACAUUAGUGUCUUCAUGCUAAAUCCUAUGCUCCUAUGCUUUUGCUAAGUGCAGAUCUGUAAUCACUGACGAAUUGAUGGACCAUAUAAUGCUGUCAGCCUGGCUUUCAGGUUGGAACCUGCACUCAAGCUUGGGAAAACGACCUGUGGGGAUUAUUAUUAUUAUAAGGAAAACUGGAAGUUGAAAAGCUCUGUAUUUGUAAAUCUGCUCACAGAUUCUGUUACUUUGAUGGGUAUGUUUUCAAUAGGAGUAUGCUUUUUUUUUGUUAUUGUUGUUGCACUGCUUUAGAAUAGAAAUAAUAGGAAAAAGCUGAGUAAAAAGACUGGUAAGUUUCACCACAUAGAGUUAAAGGACUCUGGACAAAGUAGUUGAGUGCACUGAUUUUUCUGAAUACAAAAACAGAAAAAAAAGUGGCAGAAAAAAAUAGAAUAUGGGAACAGAGGACAUGCUUUAGCCUUUAGCAAGAACCUCAUUGCUCUUAUUCACUGAGGAGAGGCUAUAUAAUGGAGCAAGAUGCGGAGGGAAAAAAUGGUAAAAUAUAUGCUUGCAAAAGUAGGUAUGUGGGAUCCUCAAGCUGCCUUUGGUUACCAGCUAUUACUAUGGCAUCAGGAAUGUGACAGUGAGCUGUGGGAUUUUUUUUCCUGAAACUGUGGAUUAAACCUCCUCAGAGAGGACGUUCAGAAUCUUUGGUGGGAGCAGAAUGUAAAACACCAUCUGCUGCACGGGCUGAGGCAAUCUAUGGAAGCAAUUGAAAAAGUAUAAAGGAUGGUGGUGUUAAGGAUGGGGAAGGGUUCUUUUAACUUUUUAAAGACACUGCAUCUCUUCCUAAUCAAGCAGCCAUGAUCCCUUGGGUUGUUGCCUCUAAAAUACCAAAUCAUACUAUUUUUAUUCCAGCCUCAUGUCAGCAGUACAUACUUCAUAUUUCUACACUGCAGUCCCUGUGGAGGCAGGUUGCAUUGUGGGGCUCAAUAGCAGGCUUUUGAUCUUAGCUGGAUAUGCUUCACUGUUGUUUCUUCUCCCUAUGUAUUCCUUCCCUUCAGUGACCUUCCCCUUUCCACAACAAUUUAACAAAGACAAUAAAACAGUCACAGUAGGAAAACUUGCUGUCUUCAGAUGAGGAGACAAAGGGAAAUUUCUGCUGCUCCUGCUUCCAGCAGUGUUUUAGCUUAAAGUGCAGUUUUUUUCCUCUGUUUUUGGAAGGUGUCAAGUAACCAAGUUGUUGUGGAGUGUGGAGCACUAGGCUCACAAGAGCAAUGAAUAUUUUUGUUGGUUUUGGAACCAUCAGGGUUAUUUGUGAAUCCUCACUAGGGAGCUUUUCUUAGGGGAGGAAGAGGGUAUUUGGGAGCACAGAGUAAACUUGCUGUGUAUGUGUUACAUUAGCAAGAAUAAUUGAAGCUCAGAUACUAGAGGUAAGAAAAGUGACAUUCCUGAAGAGGGGACCUGGAAAACUCAAGUAUUGUUCUGGAUUGUUAAAUGCCAGUUAAAUGGAAAGUUCUAGCAAAUAUUUUUUUGCAAAACUUAAAAAUUUACGACCAAUACUUGGUGUCAGACAGAAAACUGCUGGAGCUGAAGUUCAAACAGAGCAUAAACUCUGCCACGAAGGAUGACACAGUAGUUUAAGAAUGCUAAAACUGAUAAAUUACUCCUCCAGGGUACCAUUUUCCACACACGUCCUUGUGGGACUAGGAAAUAACACUGUCAUUUGCACUAUGCACUUUUGCUGUCUAACUGAAUAUAAUCUGGAAUAAGUGGAUUGGCAUUGUUGGCAUUGCGUGUGUUAGCUGCAAUCAAUGGACAGAAGGUUUAUCUUCAGCUGGACUUUUCACUGUAUUACAUUUGGCCCCUUGCUAUGUAAGGAGAAUUGCACUCAUAAUUACUGUGUACCAAAAGCAAGAUCAUCUGAGAGCACAUGUAACAAGAAAAUUCAUGUAGUCACGCACACGUUGUCUUUGUAGAACUUCAUUUUAAGAUUAUAAAACGAGAAUACGUGAAUUUUAUAUAUUUUCAAGUUCUUUGCCAGUUGUUCAGUUCUUCAUUUAUGAAGUAUUGACCUCGCUGUCUCUUCUAGGAUAAGUUUGAAAUUAUUGUCUAACCACAGCCCCUCUCGAAAAGCAGUAAAUGGUGUGCUUUGCAAAACCAGCAAUAAUUGGAUAAUGAAAUCCCUCCACAGAAACUCAGUUUCACUUUUUAUUUUUUAAGGGGGACUGAACUAAGAGCUUUGCAUCUUUAGAGAGAGCAUUAGAUGCAUCUUAUGAUCACAAUAACAAAUAGGGUACUAGUUAGUGUCAUAAACUCUGCCUUUUGUCUGCAGCGUGCCACAUACUAUGGACUCGCUGUGCAGCAGAUACAGCAGUAUCAGAUCAAUUGAAGAUUACUGAAACCCCACUAACACACUUGGAUCAGUGUUACGAUGAAAAUAGAAGCCUGGUAGUUAUGUUUUCCAACCUUGCAUCCCCCUUAUGACCUAAACUAACUAUCUAUAUCUGUUUUCUGCCUUUUUUGGGUAAAGAGGGCUUGGAGCAGGGCUCAUUGUUAGAUGUCGGCAGGCCCAGGCUCCUGCUGUUGGCUUUAUGGCAAAGUGCUCUGUUGUAUCACGCUGAGCCUUGAUUCCUGGCACAAGAGGGGUGUUUAGGAGAACGUCUCGCUGAGUUAGCAAAUACCAGAACUUUUUAUAUUUAUGUGUUCAAAAUGCUGCUUGUAUAGGAUUUGUCACUUUUGUAU